UUAAAGAAUAGGCAAUAUUUUCAUUUCGGUACCCAAAACACUAAAGUUGUAAAAGUGAAAAUGGAGCAAAAGAUGAAAAGCUCUGCCACCAAUCAGGUCGAAAUACUAAUGAGUGGAUCCAAAUAUAUUGGCCCCAUGAAUGAGUUGGGCAUGCAGGACUUGGGUGUCUACUUUUUUCCCGAUGGAACUCGCUAUACGGGAGAGUUUCUGAAUAAUCGCUUCCACGGAAGAGGCACCAUUCAAAUGCCGGAUCCUUCUGGCCUUACCUACCAAGUGACGCAUAGACACGGUAGACUGACCUCGAUUGAUGAAAUUCACUUCAAUGAUUCUCUGCCUCUGGAAUUUGAGAUGAAUGAUAGUGGCCCGCCACGUUUCGAAUCCUGGUUAUAUUGUACAUCGGAGGAUCGUCGCUUCUAUCAGGAAACCAAAGAGCCCAUGGAGGCCGUCGGCCCGAAAAAGUUUAAGAACAAAGACGGACCCAAUCCCUUUGCCAUGGGUCGUAAUGUUUUCGAUCUGGGUUUCGGUCAACUGGGCAAUCAUGGCUUCAUGGUAGAUAGGAGGCCCAACGGCAUGCAGAGUAUAUAUGUGGGAUGUCGUGAGGCUCGUCGCUGGACGCGGGAGAACUGUGCCCAUGGACCACUGUGGGGACGUCACCACAAGCAGAAGGUGAUGGCUCGAUUCGCACGUGAGAUAAUCGAAAAUAAUCAAGAGAACGCUGGUUGCCGCCGAAAGCAAUAUAUGCCGAAAGCGCACAUAUGCCGUCGCUCUUGCAGCAUGGAUAGCUUCGGUUCCGAACGUCUCCACUUGGGCAGCACCACGGACACCAUGUCCUCGGAGGUUCAGGCCAUGAGGUUGCGUCGCCGUGAGUUCCGCAACAAAUGGAGGCGAUCGAAGAGCGAGAGCAACGUGUGCCGCAUCAACUGAUGAAUGUGCAUCCCUCGAUUUUUGUUACUUUCGGUUCUACUUUGUAUGUCACUAUAAAUUAAUAUAUAUAUUCUGUAUAGUUGACCCACA